CCCAAACAACCCACAACCACCUCACAAUGCAGGCAUUCCGCAACUUCCAAGCACAGAUUCCCGCCCUCCCCUCCGUAGACGUCACAGCCGUCUCCAAAAGCUUCCGACAGACGGUCCAGGCUACAAGGGAAAGAAUUGGCAAUGUCGGGCCUGAGGGAAUCACUGAACUUCCGGCCGAAUACAGGCAGCUCGAAGCUCGAGUAGACGCGUUGAGAGAUGUCCACAAUAAGAUGCUCAAAAUCACAAAGGUUCACGAGCGAGAAUCCUACGACUACCCUUCCGACGUGACUGAAGGCAUUUCUGAAGUUGGACAUCAAGCAGCUUCUGCCUGGAAUACUUUUGCUAACAAGAACCUCAAGAAUACUAAUCUUCCCAUCCCUAUUCCUUCACCUACGGCACCUACUCCCCACCAGCCCAAGACUCUUUCUCAUGCUCUUUCUCGCGCUGCCAAGUCCGGUGCCACCGAGUUGGGCGCUGAAGACCGUCUCGGUGUGUCCCUUGGCAUUUACGGUGCUGCCUUGGAAAAGAUCGGAGAUGCCCGUAUUUCCCAGGAUCAGGUCAUUACUGAGCGAUUUGUUACCCCCUGGCAGGCCACCUUGUCUACAUCUAUUGGACUUGCGAUGAAGGCUAGGCAAAACGUCAAGACUUCCAGGUUGGAACUCGAUGCUGCCCGCGCUGCUUUGAAGUCUGCUGCUCCGGCUAAGCAAGAGCAAGCUCGUCUACAUGUCGAAGAGGCCGAAGACAAGCUGGUUCAGAACACGGAGACUGCCAUUGGUCUCAUGAAAGCUGUCCUCGAGAACCCUGAGCCUCUUCAAAACCUCUCUAACCUCGUCAAGGCUCAACUCAUUUACUACUCAACCGCUGCAGAGACUCUCAGCGGCAUUCAAGGCCAAAUUGAAGAAGCUGCUACUGUUGCCGAAGGAGACUACAGGCAAUCCAGGGGAGCUUGAAAUGACAAUUAAGGCGCACCUUCGGACACCGAGGAUCGGACUGGAUUGACAAGAUUAAGUUGUUGUUUUUGUGGAUACCUCUUAUGAUUGAUGGAUUGUUCCAAUGAGACCCUUGUUCAAGACAGACCUGGCUUUUCUCGAUCUGCCUGUUCCAGUAUCAUUCUAACAGUGCCUAAAGCAUACUAGAUACGGCCAAAAAUUGUAUGAAUCCUUGCCAAAUGCAUAUCAAAUUGGCAUGAGUACUACCAUUCAUGGGCCGAAUUUGCCCCCAUGGAUAUGCCUUCGCUCCGCCCAUCAACAACGACAUCUCCUUUAUCUGCCGUAGCCUUUGAAUCUGUACUAUCUGGCUGCCUUGUCACAGCGGAUAAAGUUGGCAUGGCUGGAUGAGUAGAGAAAGGCACUGGAUUUCGGUUAUAGGACGGUUGGAGAAGCUGCCCAAGCUGUGGAGUUGGUGGAGCUGGUUCUGGCAUCAUUAAAGGAGGAGAAGCC